AUGGUGCAGUCGUUCAUUGUGCUCAAGUGCUACGCGGAUGGCUGCGCAACGCACCAAGUCCAGCAAGUCAAAAAGUCGACCAAGUGGACCUGCGUUGUCACAGGCCAUGAACAUGCGCAAGGCGAUCAGCAAGCAGUCCCCGCUGCCGAGCCAGACGACACAUGCGAGCUGUACUCCGAGCCCCACGACGCAAGCUCGUACUUGACGCAAGCUCGUACUUGCAGCAGCAGCAGCAGCAGCAGCAGCAUGGUGGUGGUGGUGGCAAUGGCCAUUCGGUGGAGAGCGAAGACGUUUGACGAUCCGUCGCAAUCGUACAACCUCUCCUCGUGUCGGGCGCGAGGGCAACCAGCAUCCAUCGCUCGGCAUCAAGCAGCAGGCAGUCAUUCAUUCGGACAAGCAGCCACAGAUAUCGGAUCUCAGUCAAGGAGAACGGGCGUCUCGACAGCUCAGGUUAUGACACCACCUGCCUCAAAUUCUGGAUCGACUGCCGCUGCAGCGAGUAUCGUCACCCGACUAUUACAGGACGCUCGGCGCGAUCUGAGCAAACUAUCAGAGCCUGCGCCUCCUGCUCAGCGAACUUCCAAGUGGGCGACAUUCAUGCCAGCACGAAGAAACAACCAAGACGCUGACGACGACGAUGAAGAUUUGUCAUAA